AUGGACAGGAACAGAGCUCUACGCCGGAACAACAAAGGUCUGGCUCUGGACGGUUUUCAUCCUCGCCCAAAUAUCUCGGACAUACCUCUUCGAAUGGUGGUCGGCUCGAAGUACGUCGGCGCCAUCAUUGGUCAGGGCGGAGCAAAUAUCCGACAGAUCACGAAAGAUUCUAAGGCUCGUUAAUGUCGAUGUCGUUUGGAUGGCGUAGCAUGGGGACGCAUGCUAAUCGAGAUACUGAUUUUCGGCAUUUUCGGCACAGGGCAGCUUCUCGAUUUGUCGUGUAAGGUUUUGGGGCCCUUGAGUUCGAAUUCUGGCAUGCAGCCAUCAGUUAAGUAA